AUGAAGUUCACUAUUGUUAUUGCUACUUUCCUCGCCGUUACGUCAGCUGCUGUUACUCAUGCUCGUGACACUGCUGGAACAGAAAUAUUUCCUCGACAGAACGACUGCAGAAGAGCUGAUGAAUUCUGUAAUGAUAACGACCCGCUGCCUCACGAAUGUUGCAAAGGCUUGAAGUGCAACUUGGAAAACAUCGCUGGCAUUGGCCAAACCAAAGUCUGUCGGUAG